CAGAACCAAUUUCACCAAAUUGAAUUUUUCGGAAGAAUAAUUAAUAAAAUUAGAACAUAAUAAAAUAUGAAAAUCUGGGCAAAGAUAUUUCUACUCGCACUUUCCGUCUUCGGAAAUUUUGCGCUGGAAAAAGUUCCGGACGGUGUUUGUGUGAGGAAAUUGGUGAACGGCAAACUUGUCUCCGUGGGAUCGUGUGAGGAAAACAGCGGAGGGGACAUUAUUAAUGAAAUCAAGAAAAGGGUGCAAGGCCAGAAUGUGAAAAUGGGAAAUUGUGAUGUCAUGUACAAAUCAAAAUGCUUCAAAUAUGUACCAGCCCUUUCUGGUGCUUAUUUCAAGUUUGAUGCUGCCAAGGGUCUAUGUACAGGAAUCGGUGGAAAAUUUGCCAAUAUAUAUGACGUAACCCAUUACAGACUGAUUGAAUCGUACCUUCGUACAAAAAUAAAACCUUCGUGGUCAGUGAUUUAUGUCUGGACUGGUCUAUCUUAUCAGAAUCAAAAGUUCUUUCUAUCUACUGGUGAAGAAGUCAAUUUUCCACCUGAAUAUUGGUAUGACCAAACUCCGAAAAACGAUCCUACUUGGACAAGAACACAUCUGUACGUCAGCAAAGAUCUAAACAGCAGUAUAAAAGGAAUCGCUGUUCCUCCUCCAACUUCUGAUGCAUAUGGAGCACUCUGUGAAAUAUAAGCACAUAUGUAGGGACUUAGCUUAACACUUUUUUAUAAAGAAAAUAUGCAAAACAUCUUAGAAAAUCGUGUUAUUUCCUUACUUAUUGCAUCUACAGAAAAUUUGUUGGAAAUUCACACAAAUUCUUUUAGCUGGUGUUGAUAGGAUAUAAUUACUUGUAUAUGGUAUUUUAGUUUGAUGUAUUUUUAUUUUUAUUUUAUAUUAGUUCUCAAGACCUUAUAACUUUUCAGUCAAUACCAUAUUUGGUUAUUGAAAAAUCCCAAAUGGAAAAUUUGUCGAGAGUUUCAAAACGGACAAAUUUCGCCAUUUUUUUUUUUACAAUAUUUGGAAAAUGUCUAAUA